AUGCCUUCUUAUACUUCUUUGAUUUUUGUUAUAGUUGCAAAAAAUAACAAAUCAUCUUUUAUACAAGGUUUAGCAAAAUAUCAAUUAGAUAUGUGUGUUUUUCAAAAAUCAGAUAGAAUUUUACAAUUAAAGACAGGAUUGAAUAUAUUACAGUUGUUUAUGCUAUUAUAA